AUCGAUCUAGAAGCACUAAAAGCACCUCUCAUUUCGCUCAAAGAUCAUUGGACAUCUUUGUUGGUGUAUUCUCAACGGCAAACAAUUUUAAACAAAGGAUGGCUGUUCGAAGGACAUGGAUGCAGUAUGCUGCUGUGCGGUCAGGAGCUGUUGCUGUGCGCUUUUUUGUUGGUCUGCAUAAAAACCAAAUAGUGAAUCAGGAACUUUGGAAUGAGGCAAAUACGUAUCAAGACAUGCAGCUAAUGCCUUUUGUUGAUUACUACAGUCUCAUCACCUGGAAAACUUUGGCCAUCUGCAUCUUUGGGACAGAAGUUCCUUUAGCAAAAUUUAUCAUGAAGACUGAUGAUGAUGCAUUUGUUCGUGUUGACGAAGUGUUAGCUUCUAUAAGGGGCAUAAAUGUAACUGAUGGGUUGCUGUAUGGACUUAUCGAUUCAGAUUCUCGACCUGAUCGGAAUACUGAUAGCAAGUGGUAUAUUAGCCCUGAGGAGUGGCACGAAGGUACUUAUCCCUCUUGGGCACAUGGUCCGGGUUAUGUGGUGUCCCGGGACAUAGCGAAGAGAGUCUAUGAGAGAUACAAAAGAGGCAGUUUAAAGAUGUUUAAGCUAGAAGAUGUGGCAAUGGGCAUCUGGAUUGCGGAUAUGAAAAAAGACGGUCUAGAAGUGCGGUAUGAAAACGAAGGCAGGGUUUAUAACGAGGGAUGUAAGGAUGGCUAUGUUGUUGCCCACUAUCAAGGUCCCAGAGAGAUUCUAUGCCUGUGGCAGAAACUUCAGGAAACAAAACGUGCCACAUGCUGUGGUAACUAGUAAUAGUAAGCAAAUUCAGAAGAACCAGAAAGAGGCAGUUUCAUAGAUGCUUGAUCCCAUUGAUCCGCAUAGUUAUAUACAUUAAUUGACAGAUAAUUUACUGAUCUAUGAGCACCGAGAUGUUCAUCAACAUGGUUAUUCAGAAGUACAAGAACACUGAUGAGAGAAAUCAGGGCCGCUCACUUGGUUGAAUUUUGUUACAGGCUGUGUAAGUUGAGAUGGAAGAAGAUUUUUUUUUAGGAGGGGAGAGAGAUGGGAGUUGUGGGGACUGGCGAUAAGGGAAGGUGGUUUCUAUAGGGUGUGUGUAUAUAUAUAUAUAUUGUUUAGUACAUAUAUACAUAGGGCACCUGCUUGCUAUAGUUAGAUACAUAUAGAACAUACCAUGCUAGAGAACCUAGAGAUGUGUCAAUUAGAUGUCAAAGAGGGUUCCUUGUAUUCUUACCAUUUAGAAUACGAUUUUACAUAUUUUACAUU